GAGGACUGCAUCGGAAAAAACUGCCAGCGCAUUGUCGUGCGCUGGCAAAGAGGCUGUCCCUCAUCCCGUUUUACAAUAAAAAGCACACAAGAUUUUUCUUUUCGUAAAGACAAAGAAGAAUCUGAUGCUAUGGACGACAGCCAAGUCCACUGUUCUGGCCAUAAAUGACGCCUGGCUGAUGAUUGCUACAGCCAUUGUGGGUUAUCUCCUGUGGUGACUGCAAACUCAAGAGUUUUCCUCCCUGCUGCAUCUCAAGACCCACUGAUCUUACAGUAUCAUUCCUGCAGGGCCCUCGUCUGCUUACAUUCACCCCUCUUGCCCUUCUUUCUUCUUUCUUCUGCUUCUAAGUAUACUCUGAACCCCUGUGACGACCAACCGGUGGAGGCAGAAUGGAGGACACUUACAAUAAUAGGACUUCCCUGGUUAAGGGGGCUAAAGACAUGGUUAAGGAGGCCAAGAGGCACGCAGCAAAGAAAGUCAACAAAGUGGUCGACCGAGCCACAGAUGAGUAUUCAUCCCACCAUAACUACAGCCGAUUCAAGGAUGAGGAGGAUGAAGAUGAAGAUUUCUACCAGAACCCCCCAAGGCAGGACGGCGAGGGAAACAAUGACAACGAGGAGGGCUCCAGCGAUGCCACAGAGGGCCACGAUGAUGAAGAUGAGAUCUACGAGGGCGAGUACCAGGGGAUCCCCUCGGCAGGAGAUAAGAAUUUUAAGGAGGGGCAGGUGGCACUGGGGCAGCCAUUGUCGGAUGCCACAAGGGAUCGCAAGGAGUUGGAGCAGGAGAGACAGGCUGAUGAGGAGGAGCUGGCCCAGCAAUACGAGCUGAUCAUCCAGGAGUGUGGCCACGGGAGGUUCCAGUGGCAGCUGUUCCUGGUGCUUGGGCUGGCACUAAUGUCAGAUGGGGUGGAGGUAUUCAUGGUGGGCUUUGUGCUGCCCAGUGCAGAGACAGACAUGUGUGUGCCCAACUCCAGCUCAGGAUGGCUAGGCAGUGUUGUUUACCUAGGGAUGAUGGUUGGUGCGUUCUUCUGGGGAGGGAUGUCUGACAAAGUGGGCCGCAGACAGUGUCUCCUCAUUUGCAUGUCCAUGAAUGGCUUCUUCGCCUUCCUGUCAUCGUUUGUCCAGGGAUAUGGCUUAUUCCUCACUUUCCGUCUUGUCGCAGGCUUCGGGAUAGGAGGCGCUGUGCCCAUUGUUUUCUCCUUCUUUGCAGAGGUGCUGUCGAGGGAGAAAAGAGGAGAGCACCUCAGCUGGUUGUGUAUGUUCUGGAUGAUUGGAGAGAUCUAUGCAUCUGCUAUGGCCUGGGCCAUCAUACCGCACUAUGGCUGGAGCUUCAGUAUGGGCUCAGCAUACCAGUUUCACAGUUGGAGGGUGUUUGUGGUUGCCUGUGCCCUGCCCUGUGUGUGUGCUGUGGUGGCACUUACCUUCAUGCCUGAAAGCCCCAGGUUCUACCUUGAGGUGGGGAAGCAUGAUGAAGCCUGGAUGAUCCUCAAACAGAUCCACGACACCAACAUGAGAGCACGUGGGCAACCAGAGAAAGUCUUCACUGUAAAUAGGAUCAAGAUUCCCAAACAGCUGGAUGAACUGGUUGAAAUGGGAUCAGAGUCUGGCAACCCAGUUUCCAAGGUUUUCUUUAGGAUAAAGGCUGAAGUACAUGGGAUGUAUUUGAAUCUUUUGAAGUGCUUCAACUAUCCUAUGCGAGAAAACAUGAUGCGUCUAGCCAUUGUGUGGCUCACGCUCUCAUUUGGGUACUAUGGCCUGUCAGUCUGGUUUCCUGAUGUCAUCAAACACCUUCAGGCAGAUGAAUACGCCUCUAAAGUGAAGAUCCACAAAAAUGAACACAUCGAAGACUUCACCUUCAACUUCACCCUGGAGAACCAGAUACACAAAAAUGGCACUUUCAUUAAUGACCGGUUCAUCAGUAUGAAACUGAAGUCUGUCACCUUCAUUGAUUCUACCUUUCAUAACUGCUACUUCGAAGAUGUCACAUCAGUGGGCUCCUUCUUUCGUAACUGUACUUUCAUUGAUGCUUUCUUCUACAACACAGACAUUGAUGAAUCUAAGUUAAUAGAUGGUACAGAGGUGGUCAAUAGCACAUUCACCCACAACAAGAAAGGAUGCCAGAUGACAUUUGACGACGACUACAGCGCCUACUGGGUUUACUUCAUUAACUUCCUGGGAACCCUGGCGGUUUUGCCUGGCAACAUUGUGUCCGCCCUUCUCAUGGACAAAAUUGGGCGUCUGUCCAUGUUAGGUGGCUCUAUGAUCCUUUCAGGCAUCAGUUGUUUCUUCUUGUGGUUUGGCACUAGCGAGUCCAUGAUGAUUUUCAUGUUGUGCCUUUACAACGGCCUGAGCAUCUCUGCCUGGAACUCCCUGGAUGUGGUCACUACUGAGUCCUUCCCUACUGUCAGAAGAGGAACAGGCUUUGGGUUCUGCAAUGCUCUGUGUAAACUGGCUGCAGUCCUGGGUAACCUGAUUUUUGGUUCCCUUGUGGGCAUCACCAAGGCCAUUCCCAUCCUCCUGGCCUCAUCUGUGCUCGUUGGGGGAGGCCUGGUUGGACUUCGGUUGCCUGACACCAGGGCGAAUGUCCUCAUGUAACACCAGCGUGGCAUUCAUCAGCUGGAAUAAAACAUGGGUGAAUACAAAAAGAAACCCAAGGAUUGUUGGGUAAGGUGUGCAAAUUGCUUGGUUUAUACAUAUCUCUACACUUGUAACAACAUUUUUCUAAAGUAAAGUCGAAUAGGAGCCCCUUCUCCACAGUGUGUUUGACUUUUCAUACAAGUCAGACUCAUCAGAUUCCUUGUUCUAGCUCAGUCAUUUUGGGAAUGCAUUGUCUGGAGAUUUCACAUGACAGAGCUGGGACUUUGUACAGGUUUUGAAAUGGACAGUUUUGUUCAGUGACGGGUUGUACCUUCCAGGUGCAGCCAUGUGUGGAGUCGCUGCAUGGUUAAAACUCAAGGCACUUAAUAUUGACACAGUCUUAUUAAGACAAGCCAGAUGGGGAGAAAAGUGAAAAACAAGCUGUAAUGAGCACAGCCAUCCUGCUGUGUGAUGACAUGGGCAAUAGAUGAUCAGACAUAGUGGACACGUGACACAGCUGUAUGACAGCUGUAUGCCCACAGGACCUGCAUACCCAGGACAUGUUGUAGACAGUGUACACAAAUUAAAAGCCACACAUUGAUAUACCGUAUUUGCAAAUACUUGCACUAAUAUAGACUGACACUUUUCCCACUCUACAUUUUUUUCACACUGUACACACAGUACAGUAUGUUGCUCAACAUGACAUUUGUUCAGAUAUCUGCCAACAUUUCUACACAGAACACCAAGCCAUUUGCAUUACCUACCCAACCACAAAACAAAAAGGCCAUAUUGAAAAAUUUUAUUUUCUUGUACCAAUAACUGUUUGUUGACUGUGAGGAUUUUAUUUUCUGUUGUGUUAUUGUGGAAGUUACAAUGAUGAGUUAUUCAUUUUGUCCAAGUGUCGUUUCACCUGAUCUUCUUCCAUAUGAGGUAUUAUUGCACUAAGUUUCUCAUUUAGAUAUUUCUUGCAGUAGUGACGUUAACAGUGAUGUCAGGCUGCUUCCUUUCAAAAAUACUGAAUGGCCUUUUUGUAAAAUGUGCCUCUCCAUAACUAGGGCAGUCUGCCCAGAGUCAUGUGGUGUCCAAAGGUUAUAAGGAACAGACUGAACUGAACAGGAGUUAAUAGAUACAGUAAUCACUAUGGAUUUGUAAAUAUAUGUGAAUCACAUGGCCAGUGCAGUUUUUAUUAGGGUGUCACUUAAAAUUCAUCUCCUUUGUUAAUCACUCUUAUUUAAAUUUAAAGUAAUAUAUUUUUGUGAAAUAAGCUUCCUCCUGGGAAAAAACAAUGGUAUAAGUUACAGUGCAUGACUAUAAAAUAACUGUGUAGAUAACAACCACCUCUUUAUGAGGGCUAAUUUGUGCCAACCAUGAUGAAAAUAUCUCUUAAUAGAUUUUUUUUUAGUUCUUUUGACUUUGUAUCUUUAAUCAUCUAAAAAAGUCUAUUUAAAUUAUGUUUGUAUAUAUUUGAACAUUUGAAAUUAACAUAAAGAAAAGUGGAUGAUAAAUUUGACCUCUGCCAUUUGUUGAGAUUUAUCAAUAUUUAUGUCUAUAAUC